AUGAAAAGCCUGGUGGUGGACCCUUCUAAUCGCUUCAACAAUUCCCUGGAUGCUUUUGAGCAAUGUGGCAAAGAAACACCCUUGGAAAAUGUUCUUUUUGCCUCUUUUUAUCUUCUGGAUUUCAUCCUGGCCUUUGUUGGCAAUACCCUUGCCCUCUGGCUCUUUAUCCGGGACCAAAAAUCGGGCACCCCAGCCAACGUUUUCCUGAUGCAUCUUGCCGUGGCCGAUUUGUCAUUUGUGCUGGUACUUCCCACCCGACUUGUUUAUCAUUUUUCUGGAAACCACUGGCCAUUUGGGGAAAUCCCGUGCCGUCUUACCGGGUUCCUCUUCUACCUCAACAUGUACGCCAGCAUCUAUUUCCUCACGUGCAUCAGCGUUGACCGCUUCCUCGCCAUUGUGCUUCCUAUCAAGUCCAUCAAACUCCGGAGGCCUCUCUACGCUCACCUGACCUGCGCCUUCCUCUGGGCAGUGGUGGCCGUGGCUAUGGCCCCCCUGCUGGUCAGCGCGCAAACGGUGGAGGUGAACGACACCACCAUCUGCCUGCAGCUCUACCGGGAGAAGGCCUCCCGGAACGCUCUCGUGUCCUUGGCCGUAGCCUUUACUUUCCCCUUCGUCACCACCGUCACGUGCUACUUGCUGAUCAUCCGGAGUCUGCGCAGUGGCCACCGGGUGGAGAAACACCUCAAGGACAAAGCCAUCAAGAUGAUCAUCAUGGUGCUCGUGAUCUUCCUCGUGUGCUUUGUGCCCUACCACGUCAACAGAUACAUCUACGUCCUCCAGUACGAUGGCACCCGGGCUUCCUGCGAGGCCCAGCGGGUCCUGGCCCUCAGUAACCGCAUCACGUCCUGCCUCACUAGCCUCAACGGGGCUCUGGACCCCGUCAUGUAUUUUUUCGUGGCUGAGAAGUUUCGUGAGGCUUUGUGUAACUUGCUUUGUGGCAAAAGGGCCAUGACCUUGCCCCCAAGCUUCGAGGGAAAGACAAAUGAGAGUUCCCUGAGUGCUAAAUCUGAACUGUGA